AUGAAGACCUUCACCGCAACACUCGCACUUCUAAGCUCCGCCAGCAGCGCCAGACUUCCGCCGAGCAACAGCCCCGUCACGGACGUCGCGUCAAACGAUCUACGGUGCAAUGUCGGCGGAGCCACGGGCGUGGCCGGCGUCUGCGAGGUUCCCAGCCGGCAGCAAGGUCUCGGUCGAGAGGCUGACGAGCGCGGCUGCGAGAAGCCCGCCAUCGGGGGAAAUCACUUCGGCCCCGUGAUGUUAUACCUCAGCAAGGUGGCAGACGGACCGACGGAUUUCUUCAAGAUCGGCGCGUACGGGCACAACAGCGCGGCCGCGGACGCGACGUGGGGCACCGACAUACUCAGCGAGAACUGCGGGCGGUUCGACGUGACGAUCCCACCGGCGCUCGAGGCCGGGGACUAUCUGCGCCGGGCCGAGGCCAUUGCGCUGCACGCGGCGUCGCAGGCCGGCGGAGCGCAGUUUUUUGUGACGUGCUAUUCUCUGGCGGAGGCGGCGCGACGCCGGCUGGCGUCAGGUUCUGGCGCGUACAGCGCAGCGGACCCCGGCAUCCAGGUCGAUAUCUGGGGCGGCGGGUGCAGUAAGUACACCACCCCGGGACCUGCCGUGGCGUACGUCUAA